AUGGUUGGGUGGAUAUUAGGCUGUGACCAUGGUUUAAAUUUCCUAAAGAUAGAUUCCCUGUUCUGCCCCUAUAUGCUACUUGCUAUCUUCCACAUAGAGGAUUGAACGGAAACUCAGCAAAACAGAGAAAACAAGGACCACAGAAAAAAUGAUACCAUGUUGUUGCUCACAAACUCCAUCAUCAACCUCCAUUUCCAAAUUCAUCUCAGACCAACCUUACCUCACCAUGUUAGAGAAACACUGCACCACCAUGACAGACCUCCAAAAGAUUCAUGCUCAGUUCAUCAAAAUUGGCCUUGCUAAAGACACUAUUGCUGCUAGCCGUUUACUGGCUUUUUGUGCCUCCCCUGCUGGAAACAUGGACUAUGCUUACAUGGUUUUCACACAAAUCCAAAAGCCAAACCUUUUCAUUUGGAAUACCAUCAUUAGAGGCUUUUCUCAAAGCUCAUCCCCUCAAAUUGCAAUCUCACUUUUCAUUGACAUGUUGGUAACUUCACCAAUCCAACCUCAGAGAUUGACUUACCCUUCAGUCUUUAAAGCUUAUUCUCAACUUGGUCAAGCUUGUUAUGGAGCUCAGCUUCAUGGGAGGGUAAUAAAAUUGGGGCUUGAAUGUGAUCCAUUCAUACGAAACACCAUCAUAUACAUGUAUGCAAAUUGUGGGUUUUUGAGUGAGGCAAGACUAGUUUUUGAUGAAGAUUUGGAGUAUGAUGUUGUUGCAUGGAAUUCUAUGAUUAUGGGCCUUUCUAAAUGUGGGGAAGUCGGUGAAUCCAGAAGGCUGUUUGAUAAAAUGCCAUUGAAAAAUUCAGUUUCCUGGAAUUCUAUGAUUAGUGGGUAUGUUAGGAAUGGGAUGUUUAUAGAGGCAUUGGAACUUUUUGGCAAAAUGCAGGAGGAGAGGAUUAAACCUAGUGAAUACACAAUGGUAAGCUUGUUGAAUGCUUGUGGUAGCUUAGGAGCAAUUAGGCAGGGGAAGUGGAUUCAUGACUACAUAAGGAAAAAUGGUAUUGAAUUAAAUGUCCUUGCUAUCACAGCAAUCAUAGACAUGUAUUGCAAGUGUGGAAGUAUCAAUGAAGCUCUUGAUGUUUUUGAGACAGCCACCCAAAAGGGUUUAUCCUGUUGGAAUUCCAUGAUCUUGGGACUAGCGAUGAAUGGUUGUGAGGAAGAAGCAACGGAACUGUUCUCGAGGCUUGAAUCUUCGAACCUCACACCAGAUGGAGUGAGUUUUAUUGGUGUUCUAACAGCUUGUAAACACACUGGCAUGGUGGAUAAAGCAAAGGAUUACUUUUCAAUAAUGAAGGAACUAUAUAAGAUCAACCCAUCAAUAAGACAUUAUAGUUGCAUGGUUGAUGUGCUAGGCCAAGCUGGAAGGCUUGAAGAAGCAGAACAUCUCAUCGAAACAAUGCCUAUAAACCCAGAUGCUAUUAUUUGGGGAUCUUUACUCUCAGCAUGUAAGAAGCAUGGAAACAUUGAAAUGGCUAGACGAGCCGCAAAGCACAUGCUCGAAUUGGAUCCGAGUGAGAGCUGUGCACAUGUGCUUAUGUCAGGUGUUUAUGCCGAUUCUAAACAAUUCGAGGAAGCAACAAUGGAAAGACUUUCCAUGAAAGAGAAAAGAAUUAAGAAGGAACCAGGAUGUAGUUUGAUUGAAGUGGAUGGGGAAGUUCAUGAGUUCGUAGCUGCUGAAAGGCUACAUCAUAGAGCACACGAGAUCUACUCACUACUGAAUGACUAAUGAUUAACAUUGCAAGGUUAAGAUAGUUUAUAUCAAACUCGUUCUUUGUAAAACAAAAAAUGCGUCUCAUGGAUAUUUGGGGAAAGUCAGACUUGUUAACUCUUUCGUAGGCGAAAAUUGCAUGUUUAUGAUUUUCCAUCUAUAUGCACUCUGAAGUGAACUCCUGAGAGUUCCAGAAUCUUAACGAGUAUCUUGAAAACUAAUACUUUUACAUCGAUUACAUAAUUUAGUUAGUUAACCUGAAAAACGAAGGGGCAGAGAAAAAAAAAAAAAAAGAAAAAAAAAAAAGAAAGAUAUAUGAUUGAGGAAA